ACGUCAAAUCACUACGUUUGCUCACGCACGAUAUGUACUAGAACCUGUUAUGAGAAGUGGAGGUGGUCUAGCUAGCUAUCAAAGCUGCCGUUCUCAUUCUAAUUUCGGACUCCGAGUCGUAUCAUUUUGGCUGCAAAACGAGUCGUUACGUUUUGCAUAACCUGAGAACCGGGAAAGUGUUAUUUGUGUAACAAAUAUAAUGCUGAAAGUAAAUCAGUGUUUAAGACACUACUAGUGGUUUUAAUGCUUGCAAUAAGUUCACUUACACUUCUCUAAUUUUUGUAUAUUGUGUGUGUUGUGGUAAACUGGGAAAUACACUAAAUAAAUUUAAGGAAAUGGCAGAAAGUCGAGGAUCACUUUUGGCCAAAUCAGUACAAAAACAUGCAGGCAGGGCAAAAGAGAAGCUCCUACAGAAUCUGGGGAAGGUGGACAGAACAGCGGACGAAAUAUUCGAUGAGCAUUUACAAAAUUUCACAAGGCAACAGAAUUGUGCGAACAGGCUACAAAAGGAAUUCUCGAACUACAUCAGAUGCAUAAGAGCUGCCCAAGCUGCUUCGAAGUCAUUACUGGAAGCCAUUGGGGAAACAUAUGAAAGCCAAUGGACCGGCCACGACCAUUUAUAUGUACAGUGUCAGUCGGUGGAUAUGUUAUGGCAGGACUUCAGUCAUAAACUUGCCGAUCAAGUGCUGCUACCUUUGAACACAUACCAACAACAGUUUCCAGAAAUGAGGAAAAAAAUCGACAAACGCGGUAGAAAACUGGUGGACUACGACGGUCAACGACACAGCUUCCAGGCCCUACAGACUGGCAUGAAGAAAAGGGACGAGACCAAAAUCAACAAGGGUAGGGAACAACUGGAAGAAGCGAAAAGGACGUAUGAAAUACUCAAUUCCGAACUGCACGACGAACUACCCGCCUUGUACGACUCCAGGGUUUUGUUCCUAGUGACCAAUCUUCAGUCUCUCUUCAAUGCGGAGCACACUUUUCAUUCGGAGGCUGCCAAGGUUUUCGAGGAACUAGAAGCAGUCGUCGACAAAUUGGCGACAGACAGUCAGCGGGGUUCAUACAGUGUGAAAAAAACGAACGGGUCUAGUCUUCCACGCAACUACAACAAUUCGUCGUCACUUAUUAUAAAUAACAUUUCACCUUCGAAAACCUCUUUACCUGACCAACCUCCGCAGUCUCCCAUUAAAACAGACCAAACAAAACCAGAACUAACAAACCAGUCCUCGGUAGAGUCGGAGACGCUGUCCGACAGCCAGUCCGCACCUCAGUCCCCCGCCAAGCCCGAACCUCCCAAAGAAACAGAACAACCCCCCGAGCCUAGCACCAACGGCGUGGAGGCGGCCGCCAGCAGGCCAACGAGCGAGCAGAACGGGAUAUCCGCCGUCGAGAGUAAGUCCUCCACCCCCGAACCCACCACCCCUAAUAAAGCUUCUAGCGAUGUUGACGAUAAUAACGUAAACCCAACCCCUAACAAUGCAAGCCCUGUCAGUAAAAAGCUCGAAGAACUGUAUGACAUUCCUCAAGGUGCUAGCAGGGAUAAUUUACCGCCUGGUGUGUUAUAUAAAGUUAAGGCAACUUACAAAUAUAACAGGGAAGAUGUAGAUGAAUUAUCCUUCGAGGUAGGAGAAAUAAUACAGGUGGUGGAAUACGACGAUCCUGAGGAACAAGAGGAAGGUUGGUUGAUGGGAAUCAAGGAAAGUUCAGGCGAAAAAGGUAUGUUCCCUGCAAACUUUACGAGGCCUAUCUAAACAAACCACCGAAGAACAGUUCCAAUAAGAUCAAGUGCCUUAACCAUAUACAAUUUAUUAUUGGUCGUGAAUUCCUCGAGCCUUUUAUAACGGCUCGAGUGUUGGCUUUUUGGACAAAUAAAGAGUAACAAAGUUUAAAAAAAUCAAAUAUUCAAUGAAUAAUCACAAAGUGCUCAUACUAUUCGUAAGAUUGAUGACUUUGUAGUACGUUUUCUCUAUUAUACAGUAUUCUAAAUGAUGUAUCCAGUUCAAUUUCAUUUCAUCAUUUCUACAAAGCGUUAGUCACUUAUGACUAUAAAUAACGGGAUAGGCUAUAUGGAAAACGCCUGUUUGAUAUUUCUUCGAAAAACAUACAAUGACUUGUUUUUUACUCAUUUAGUUUUACUCAAAAAAAGCAUUUCAUUCAAUAAUUAAUAAUUAAGUGAGUUUUAUAUGAAUGUAAUCGGUUAUUUUGUCUGUAUUUUUGAUCAGGAAGUUUGUGUUUUUCUCUUAGUGAAUCUCUGUGAAGAAUAUUGAAUUUGCUUCGAAUAAUUUCAAGAUAAUUUCGCUAGUUUUUGCUCAAGAAAUGUGGAGGUAGAUUCAAACCCAUCUCUAGUCAUGUAUAUUUUUUUCAAAAACACAAAAUUUAUCAUAAAGUGCCAAAAUAAGCGAUCUUCAUGUCACUGAAAUCACUUAUUGUCUCUGGAGAAUUUCCCAAAUUUCACGUUAUUUUCGCAGAUUUUUAUUCUAUUUAUUGACAGAGGCAAUAUUUACAAAUGUUUCAUCCCAUAUCUAACUGUGUUUUUAUUCAACUUCUACCACAGCCUGAUAAAGAAUUUAUUUUGUAAAUAUUUUUGUUUGAUCGAUUGGAAUUUUAUAUAAUUGAAGUUGAAGUUGUUAUGUUUUGUUAGUUUAUUCAACCAAAUCCUAGAAAUAUGCAUAUGUUGAAGACUAUGUUACUUGUUUCCCAAAAAUAUUUGCAAAGUAUUGGAAAAUUCGAAGAUCCAUUUUGAAUUUGUUUGUUUUUGUGGAAAUACUUGAUUGAAAGCAAUUAUUUAUAAUUCCUAUUUUAAAGCAAUACUGAUUUUCUUAAUAAUUCGUCGAAUAUUCUUCGUGACUGUAAAUAAUAUUUGAUGAGAAGUUUCGAUGAAACGACGUAACUGCGCUGUUUAAAUUUCCGACAAAUCAAUGUAGAAAACAUUGAAGAAGGAACUGAAAUUUCAUCAACAUUGCUGCUGCAAUUUUUUUAUAUUUGACAGUAAUUUUUUCCAAUCAUGCCUUCGGUGUUUGCGGUCCAUUUCGCUUCUAUUUAUCAUAAUGUUUCUAAUUCAUUACCAUUUUCUCUCAUACAGCUAAGGAUUGUUGAUCUUAUAUCCAUGUAUUAUAAUUUAUUUUUACUUCUUUAAUUUUGUUUAUUUUACCAUUGUUAAUGACUAAUAAAUAGGUAGAAUGUAUGUUUGGAUUAUGUUUAAAUAAAAUAAAUUAUUGAA